AAAAUGUUCCUGUAGAAAUGGCCAAAAUUUCACGACGUGCUGUGGCCUCGUCGUCGUCAUCGUCUUCAUCAUCCACGCCAUCAACUCCCAACGCUGUUGAUACAUCCGCAUUAUCGUCUACUUCGGCCACAUAUUCUGCGUCCAUUACGAAUUUAUCGCCGCCAUCCGAACCGACUGCAUCUGCCACGGAAAAUCGCCUAAAUGCCAAUAACAAUCUUAUAAAUGGUCGAAAAACGAUACGUUCCAUUCCCAAUUCAGGGAUUUCAUCAUCUCGCUUCAUUGACACUUCUUUGGAUAAUGGUCGAGAUGGUUAUGGUAGCAGUGGUGAAACGGUGGCCAGUGCAACAGUGGAUCCGCUACGAAAUGAUGGUCCAAAAUUUACCACAACUGCACACAGGAAUGUCUAUGCUUAUACAACAACAACGACUGGACCCAAUAAACAUGCACCAUAUACUGCCUCGCCAAUGCCUCCGGAUAAAUACAAUCAAACAGCCCCAACUCCCACACUUAGCCCUCGUGAACUUAUACGUGCCCAAUUCUUUGCCACAUACGAUGUCAUGACUGGUGUACGCAUAGCCGCAACCCUGGGUGGAUUCUUUGGUCUUAUGGUGUUCCUGAUAGUCUAUAAAAGUCGCAGUAGUUCCAAUGAAACUUUGAAAGUGUUAAAGGAUCCCAAAAUGGCAGCUGUGGCCGCCGUAUGCAUGCAAGAGGAAGAAGAACGUGAAAUCCAAGAAGCCAUGGUCGCAACCGGAAUGUCCAUAUAUCCCGAUGAAUAUGAUGCCAUCUUGUAUAGACGUCAACGUAUGCUCUCUUUGGGUAAUGUCAGUGCUCCACCGAUGUUGAAUCGUGGUUUUCGCUUCUCAUCGGUGGGUGGUGGUUACAGUAGCCUAUUGGAACCGCCACGACGUUUUUCAUUUUCCUCAGCCUCGGGUGCAUUGAGUAUAGGUGGCGCCAACUAUGCCGGAAGUCGCAGACGAAGUGGUUCGGACACUUCGCGUAUCUUUAGUAAUUACCCUAUGGGUAGUAGUUUUGGUACCGAUGAUUAUUUCGUGGAGACCGAUGAUGAGUUCGAUAAUGGCGACUUCCAGCAAAGGGUGAUGGCAUCUACACUGGGCGAAGAGGUGGUGGGGAAACAUCAGCACAAACGAAGUGAUUCAACCAAAAGCAAACAUGGGUUUCUUGAAGUGCCGUUAAUGGGUCAAGAUUCACGUCGCAGCAGUGCCAUGACAUGCUGUAGCACUGACAGUUCUUACCUAGAGAGACGUUGUUCUGCCUUUACAUUGGGUUUGUCAAACCUGCCGCCUUCAUUACAGCGAAAAUGUUCAACAGCAUCCCGGGCUUCGAGCACCGAAAUGUGGGAUUACUACUAUCCCGACAUUCAGGUGAUACAGCCCACACCCAAACCAUCACCAUUGUCCUCGGAACGUAGUAUCUAUGAACAAUUGCAGCAACAGACUCAGGCCACGAAAUCAGGAACUGGAACAACGACUUUAGCAGCGGGAGCUGUGGCCACGCCAGCUCCAUUGCAUAUGGAGACCACGCUGAAAGGUUUAUCAACGGUUACAACCACGGCUGCCAGCAGUGGUAAAUUGGCCAAACCGGUAACCUCUCUAACUACUGCCAAUGGCAAAACAACGGACAAAUCCGGUGGAGGUGUAUCACCUUCACAGAAAUUUAUACGCAAGCAUAGCAUUGCCUACUACGAUCCGGAGAGUGCCCAGUCGGGGCGUAAACAACAAAUACACUCCAUAAGUGCUGAUACGGUCGAUGUGUAUCCCUACAAUCAACCACUGACUGAGAGAAGCAUCUAUGAUGCGACAACGCCGGCACAAUCGGCACCACCGGUGGGGGUGCAUCAGGGCUUUCGUUUCACCGACUCGCCAACGGAGGAAUUGCGUUUAAAUGUUCGACGCAAAAUAGCGGUGGUAGAAUUGCCGCGCAUACCCUAUCCCGAACAGGAUACACCGCCAAGUUUGGCAGCAGCGUCAGCAUUAACCUACGACAACAACAAUAGCUUCCCCUAUACAAAUUCGGCAGCUGCCAAGGCGGCGGCCAAUGCCAAUUCCAGCAGUAUUAGCAUAGACAGUACACCGCUAAGCAUUGACAAGCUCAAUGGUAGCGGUAGCUUGGGUACAGUGUCGGCCAAGGCAUUGUUCAAUGCCGAGCGACGGGCACCACUGGCCUCGUUAAGUUCCUUUAAGAUCUCAUCACUGGAAUAUCAGGAUUCCGAAGCCCGCUCCAUGGAUGAAGAUUCGGUAUUUUUGGAUAGUGUGGCUGAUACCGAGGAAGAUUUGCGCCAGAUGAGCAGUGACAGUGAGGAAGCUAGUCUGCAGGACUAUGUGGCAGAUGGUGAUGCACAAGUGGCGCCCAAUGUGGCACAACAGGAAAAUGCCACAGCAGCAGUUGGGGCUACAACCUCAGAGCUAAGAUAUCCUCUGGAGAGACAUUAUAGUCUGGGUGGUGGUGUUGGUGCAACAACACCCGCAACAACAAAUCCAAAUAUAUCCGGUGUACCUGUAACAACUAGUACUGCGGGAACUGUCAAUGCGCGACAACGUCGUUUAUUACUUCAGCGUAAUCGCACCAUUAGUGUGUCUUCCAGUGAUCGUGUGGCAUUGUUGGGUCACCCCUUGAGAGACUUUCAUUCACCCGCCUCAUCUGUGGACUCGAAGCAAAUGCCGCUGGAGACCCACUUUGGUGCCAUCAUCUGUACAAAUAGUCCACCCACACAUCCACGACGGGCCCAGCUUUUGCAACAGUAUAGCGAUCCACAAAGUCAGCCAACGACUACAACUACCACAACUACUACAAACACGACGGAAGACGACACCUGUUCCACGCUCAACACCGAGGUGGGUAUGGGUGUAGAGACGCCGGGCGAGACCAUUGACUUCAUGAUUACGGGUAGCAAUGAGACCAUAGGUUUAAGUACCACCACAAGAGGUUCAAGUCUAACACACCACAGUAGUUUAAAUACUGUGGUGAGUUUUGGUCGCAUUAGUCCUCUGACCGAUAGCGCGCAGACCACAGGACAUGAACGACAAUUUCCACAGCAACGAGAUCGAGAUCAAUAUCAACAAGCACAACCACAGCAACAACAACAACUGCCAAUUUAUACUUCUUCUUCGUCUGCCACUACAUGUGCAACACAACAAACAAUACCCGGCAACAAUACCAAAACCCCCCUAAACACCCAAUAUGAUCCUUGUGCCUCUUCUAUAUCUGAUUCUUUUAUACACACUAAGGAAACCCUAAUAAAAAUGCCUUCUUCUCUUAAGAGCCUGAUUUUACACAAACCUUCCAAAGCAACAAUCUCAGAUCCGACAACCACAACGGCAACACCACGGCCAUCUUCGUCAGCAUCCGCACAACACGAGCCCAUCAAUACAAUAAGUCGCAGUGCCACAGAUUUAGCAUUCGGUGAUAAUUCACCGCAACAAUCGACUAUUUUCUAUUCAGCCCUCGAAGAAACUCCGCUCUAUGAGACGCGACAACAUUCACCAUGUCCAUCGGUAAUGUUGGAAUUACCGUUGAUACGACUACCCACCACUGAGGAGGAUAGUUCAUCGAUCAAAUCGGCGACGGAGUUGAGACGUGAAAGUGAUCUAAGUGCCGAUCACAGUCGUCGCAGUUGUAAAAGUGAUGAGGCCAGCCAUCAGCCACCAUUCGAUCCCAGUCUACCCAGUUCAUCACGUAAAUGGUCCAAAGAAACAUUAUUCUAG